CUGAUUUUGCUUAUUCGAAUAAAACAAAGAUGUUCAUCCCAAAAGCCAAUCGUGUAGCCAUUUACGAAUACCUCUUCAAGGAAGGCGUAAUCGUGGCCAAGAAGGAUUCUCGCGUCCAGAAGCACCCAAAUCUGGAGUCCAUUCCAAAUCUACAUGUGAUCAAAGCCAUGCAGUCUCUUAAUUCGCGUGGCUUGGUCAAGGAGCAGUUCGCCUGGAGGCACUACUAUUGGUGCAUCACUAACGAGGGAAUCGAGGAGCUCCGCAACUACCUACACUUGCCCCCCGAGAUCGUGCCCUCCACUCUGGCUCGUCCGGCUCGCACCGAAGCGGCGCGUCCGCGUUCAGGUACUGGUGGAUCAGGUCCUCGAGGUUUUGGAGGAGCCUCCAAACCUGAUGAGGAUAGGUCAAACUAUAGACGUGCUCCUCCUGGCGAAGGCGGAGCAGACAAGAAAGGUGAUGUGGGACCUGGAUCCGGGAACCUUGAGUAUCGUGGAGGUUUUGGCCGUGGAUCACGCUACUAAGACAUUUUGCCGUCAGUUUUAGUUUAUUUAUCUAUACAUAAAUUAAAAUGA